UAAUAAAACUUACUCAAUAAGAUCUUUAUAUUAUUUUUAUUUAUUUGCAGUAUCAAUUGAAGCUUAAAGCAGUUCAUAAGCUAAGCGUUGAGAAUGUGGAAAAAUAUUUUAAAAAUCUUUUUUACUUUAAAUAUUUUAAUAAUAACAACGGCUGUCCACACAGGUCAAGUGAUUACUUCUGUUUUGGAUGGAUUUGCGGACAACUUAAACAUACAGCCAUUUGUGAAGGUGGAUAGCAAAUUCUAUUAUUUUGGACAAACCAAGGUUACUUGGUAUAAAGCCUUCUUAAUUUGCCGCUCUAUGGGCGGUUCUUUGGCUUCUAUAGACUCUCAAAAUGAAAUGUCUGCUUUAUCUAAUUAUUUGAUUGAUAAAUAUCCUUUAGAUCGUUGGUGGUGGUUGUCUGGCUCUGACACAGAUUCGGAAGGUGAUUUCUAUUGGUAUAAAAAUGGUGAACGUAUUAGUUAUGCCGAUUGGUCGGCUGGUCAACCGGAUAACUAUGGUGGUCAUGAGAAUUGUGUACAUUUGUGGUACAUAAAGCCUAAGUAUCAAAUGAACGAUUGGGUAUGUCAUGAAAAGGCGUAUUAUGUGUGUGAAGCUGAUAAACCAAAAACUAUAGUUUUAAGUGUUUUUUAAAGUCGAAGUGUAAGUGAUUUUGUGUAAAAUAAAAAAAAAGAAUAAAGUUAAAUACCAAUAAGUAAA